AUGCUCUCAUCAAUUAAAGAAGGCCGUGUCACAAAGAACAAAACCAAGAAGACCUCGCCUCCGACUCGACGCGUCUCCAAAAUACAACCGCUAGUUGAGCGGACCAAUGCAUUAAGCAUUGAAAACUUCAUCGCCAAGUACAUGCCAUCUACCACGACAAGUAAUCAAACCACAGAGGAAGCAACCAGCCUAGCAGAUCAAACCACACCAGCAGAAACACCCCUCUCCCUGGAUGUAUACUCCGCAGCCAGCAUCCCACCAGCAGACCUAGAAGCCUGUCUAGACCUCAUCGAAGAAACAUCCAGCGACGCCUACCGCGCCUCCGCGGAUGGCUGGUCACGUACGAAAAAGCACAAGGAGAUGAAACUGCCGGAUAUGAAAUAUCUUAUUUUCCGCGAUUCAAACGAUUCCAACGAUUCCAACGACAACAAAGCGACAGAGGCUCCCAACAACUCCGAAACAGCCGAUCUACCCCAAGAGCGCGACGAACGAGGUCCGGCUCUGGGUUCCACUGGCUGUACUCUGAAUCAACGGCGGGAGGUUCUUGGCUUCUUGUCUUUCAUGGUGACGUAUGAAGAUGGCAAGGAGGUGGUUUACUGCUAUGAGAUCCACUUGUCGGCGAGGGCCCGGGGGCGGGGCGUCGGGUCGGUUCUGAUGGAGCGGAUGGAAGCGAUUGGUCGGGCGGUCGGCUUGGAGAAGGCUAUGUUGACGGUUUUUAAGUCGAAUGGGGUUGCUUGUCGGUUUUAUGAGAGGUUGGGGUAUGGGCUUGAUGAGUACUCGCCGCGUCCGCGGAGACUGCGGAAUGGGACGGUCAAGGAGGUUGAUUAUAUGAUAUUGUCUAAGCGGUUGAGGGAUUGA